UUCAGAACUUCGUUACCAUCCGCAGAUCGAGCGAUUCCAGCGGCUGUGCGAGCAUGGAGUACAAAAUGAUUGGACCGGAACACUGUGACCAGGUGCUGGAGCACCUGCGUCGCAACUUCUUCGCCGACGAGCCGCUGAACAAGGCCGCCGGCCUGUGCCAAAACGGAAGCAGCUGCCCCGCCCUGGAGGCCCACUGCGCGGAGGCCAUCAUGGACCGGAUGAGCGUGAUGGCUGUGGAUGCCAGAGAUGCGAAGGAGAAGGGCAGCUGCAAAAUAGUCGGCGUGGUCCUCAACGGCAUCUUGAAGCCGGGCGACACGGCCAAAGCGCUGAGCAAACUGGAUACCAAUGGCGAUGCCGAUUUCCGCAAGAUCUUCGACUUGCUGCACCGGCACAAUCUCCAGCACAAUCUCUUCGAGCACUUCGACGUGGAGUGCAUGUUCGAUGUGCGCAUCCUGUCGGUGGACUCGUCUUACCGUGGCCAGGGCAUUGCCAACGAGCUGGUCAAGCGAUCAGUGGCGGUGGCCAGAAAGAAUGGCUUCCGCCUGCUGAAGGCCGAUGCCACCGGCAUCUUUUCCCAGAAGAUUUUCCGUUCCCAUGGCUUCGUCGUCUUCUCGGAGCAACCCUAUAGCAAGUACACCGAUGGCGAUGGCCAGGUGAUCUUGCCCGUUGAGGCGCCACACAUCAAGAUGCAACAGCUCUACAAGGCGAUCUGCGGCACGGACCAGGAGGAGAAGGAGCAGGCUCGUUAGGGCGACGACGGCGGCUGCCUGAGAACAAUAAUUUUGGA